CUCACAAUAACCAAUCAUAUUAUGCCAUGGCUUUCCCAACAAUGGAUAUAACGCCAGAGAGCCCGUAUCUUCAGCUUGAGCAAGACUAUACUGAAAACGAGCCAUUUCCUGGCACAUCCCCCCAAGAGGAGGUAUCUAACCCCAGUAUCGGCCAGCAGAAAACAACCCAGCCACCGUUUUAACUGAGUAAAUUUGCAUUGCUCAUAUUUGCUGUCGUAUUUACUACCUUUGCCGCCUCUCUUACUGCUCUUAAAUGCGUUUCCGAUGCUCAAGAUGGCUUCCCGCUCGAACUUUCCUCCAGCGAGUACUCUUGGACGUAUGGCCCGACAGCUAUGCUCGUUAUUGUUUUGAGCUUUUGGAGACGGUUCGACUACUAUUACAAGGCUUCCGAGCCAUGGAGAGAACUUCAGUCCGGACCUGCACUCGGUUCUAGAUCGCUUUUGCUAGACUAUGUGUCACCGUUUCAGCUGCAGAGCAUAUACCAAGCAUAUAAGUUUAGGCACUACCGCAUUAUUCCAACAAUCCUCUCAUUCUUCCUCCUCAAGGCUAUUAUUUUGGUAUCUACGACUCUGUUUUUGGUUCAUGCUUCGUCACAUUCUGUGACAUCACACAUCACAUACCAAGAUACCUUUGAUGCAGCCAAUGCCUGGUCCUGGCCACCGUUCAACCCUGCCAAAUACCCGUCAUUAGACGGCUACGACCUCUAUGGAGGCUCUGACAAGUUCAUCUGGAACUACCUUGCACGGACCAACAGCGCCGUAGCGAAUGACUCUGACUGGAACGUUCGAGAUGGCAGAGUCACUCAGCGCUUCGCUCCAGCAGUGUCAACACUAAACAUGACAUCGCUCAAAGCGUCUGUGGAUGCGUUUCUGCCGAUAGUCGAUUGCGAACAAGCAAAUUUGUUUGUUGACUUGCCGGCUGAUGUUGCAGAUAUGCAAUAUUACUGGAAUUCUACUACUUGCUCGACAUGGACUACGCACGACAUAAUACUUCCAAGGCCGUCAAGUUUUGUGGAUGGAGCUGCGGUGAUCUGCAAAAUCGGAUACAAUAUUGCACCUGCUACUACAACAUAUGAAAUCCCUCGCACGACGUUUCCUUGGCCUUUACGGAAAAUGACGGAGAGACAAGCACUCGUUGUUAACAAGGACGUCACGCCUCUUACCUCCUCCCUGAUCUUCAAUGGUUGGCACACUACGGAUUCAUUAUUUCAACUGCUGGCAGGCAAGUUAGGAAACCAAUUUGAGCCUGGUGUCUUUCUAAAGCCUUCUGUACUUCUCAACACAUCAAUUGUCGUUCUUUCAGGACUCCUUGAUGAGUUUGCGCGGGCGUCAUUGCUCGUGAGCAAAGCUUCAAACGGGACUGCUGAAGGUCGUGUUAGUGAAAUCAGGCUCCAUACGAAGAAUGAGGCUUUCUGGAUCAUGGCUUCGGGCUUCACUGUCCUAGCGAUUCUUUGUCUUCUUUUACUCUUCACACCUGUGAAUGGCCUUUGGGUCCCUGCUAUGUACGGCUCUAUUGCCGGCCAUGCUGCUGUAUUAGUCAACAGUCGACCACUGCAAGAGGCUUUGCAGGUCUUGGGUGACUUCAGUGACAAGGAGAAAUCUGAAGAGCUAAAUGCAACUCUUUCCACUGCUUCAGUAGGUUCGGAUCGAGUUUUCUCCAUCAAUCUUGUCGACAGAAGCCAACCUUCUAUCAAAGUGUCUCAUCACGAGAAGUCAACGGUGAGGAAGCCAUGGGCUCCCGUUUCUGGACGGCUGUAUUUCGUUGUGGUGACACUUUUCAGUCCUAUCCUUGCCAUCAUUGCUCUUGAACUCCUUCACCGACUAUACAAUAAGAGAGACGGCCUUUUCGAUAUACCUGAGACAGACUCAAUUGCCAUGUUAUAUGUUGUGCGCCUGUCAUCCACAGCGGCUGCUUUUUCUAUAGCGACACUUAUCAACAACUUUGACUUUACUAUAGCAACCUUUGCUCCCUUCAGCAGUCUAAGGUUAGGCAAUGUCCAAGCUGAGAGAAGAAUUAAUCUCAAUCUUAUUCGACACGGUGGUACCAUCACACCUACAAGGAUAUGGCAAGACUUGGUGCUACCGGAUGUUAGUCUAGUUACGUCUGAUUCUUUGGCGCAAAAGGGUCUGGCCCGCACUUCUAAGUACAUUUACACUGUGGGAGCUUUGAGGCCGUUACUCGAGUGCAGUGUAAUUCCAAAGACCAAUCACAUCAGGACGGUGGAAAGAUCUCAAUACAACGUCCCAGAAUAUUAUAUUGAAACUAUUCGUGCAUUCUACGUACCUCAGGGAGGAUGUAGAGGUCAAUUCCGAUACGUGGGCAACACGUCGUUCGGGUUCCAAGAGACAGCAUCAAAGGACUUCCUCAACUCAACGAAAUCGGUUGGCAGAUACUUCGACUUAGAUGCUAACAAGUCGAAUUCAAGUUCUUCUUGUCCUUCGAUCGGCAUAUUGUUUGGUACUAUAGGGGGUCUUGAUACCUCCCAGUGGAACAACUUAACUGCAUUAGUCUGUUCCCAGGGCAUUGAGCAGAUCCCAGUGCGUGUCACGUACAGAGGAAACCACGCGCUGGGGCAGAUCAGUGAGAGGCACCCCCCAGAAUCAGAAGCAUUGGGAUAUAGCCUCGAAGGCCACUUCCGACACUACCUGGCUUUCUUUCACGGCCAAACCGGGUGGUCCCUUGAUUCCUUCUUCGACCAGUUACUACAUCGACCAGAUGGAAGGAAAUUCGAGGAUCUUCACGUGCCUGAAAACAUUGAUGCUUUAGUAAAGGCUAUUGAGAAAGACUACAGUGAGUAUAUGAGGCAUGUCAUCAACCUCAACUUCCGGGCAUACACGAAUACCACACUUGACGAACUCGUUUCUUCGGAAGGCGACCGUUCGGCUGCGAAACCUUUAUCGGCUCACACUACGAUAACGGGGACAGAAUUUGGACAAGUGACGCGCCUUGCAAUCGACUCGACCUCGAAGCUGAUUCUCCAGAUACUGCUGGCUGUUAUAGCAGUUCUGAACCUGACAAGCUAUCUCCUUGUCAAAAUCGACGGACACUUCCGCGGAAUCCAUGCAGUAUCGCAAGCACCAUGGCCUUCCUUGCUGGAUCUCAGUUAUGCGCUCAUGAUUCAGCUGAAGCAGGCUUUUGAUGGCUGGGUGUUUAGUCUUGGGUGGUGGCAGAAAGAAGGAGCUUCGGUGGAGGAGUCAGAUGGUGAUACGAGUACAUUUGGAGAUACAGAUCCUCCAAGCAACGAGGCACAGAAAGGCCAAAGGACUGUUGGCAGGUUUGGGAUCGAUGUUGGGCGAGCGAAUGUUUCUAAAUUCUGA